AUGUCUUCUAUCCUUCGCCUCACUGUACGAUUUACAACCUCCACUCCAGACCUCCUCGUCGAUAUCCUUGCGCCAGAAGAAACAUCGAUCAUUGCGCUGAAGCACCUUGUCCGAUCGCGUCUCGAACCUCCCACCUCCAAUUAUCGAUUUCGAUUCAUUCAUAGCGGGAAACUGCUGAAAGAUGACGAUAUUCUAUCCGAAGUGAUCAAAAUACCAGCUCCUCCAUCUAGACUUCCAGAUCCGAAGGGCAAAGGGAAGGCAGUGGAACCUCCGCCAAACAGAGUCUACAUCAAUUGCUCCAUAGGCGAUGUUCUCACAUUUGAGGAGCUUUCGGCCGAAGCUAUCGCAGCGAAAAACCCAGUGAAGAAAGAAAGGAAAGGGGAAAAGGGAAGUUCUAAAGGUGGAAGUCCAACACGGCCAACCGUGACAACAACACCUGCCGUUCGCGGCUUCGACCGAUUGCUCUCAGGCGGCUUCACGCCUGCCGAAGUAAAUCAGCUUCGACUACAAUUCCUCUCUAUACAGUCCAGCAUACACACGCCCGACACCAUGCCAUCACCUACCACAUUGCGACGGAUGGAAGAUGCCUGGAUCGAUGAUAAUGCGGGCACUACAGGGGCUGGGGCGGGCGGUGGUGCUUUCGAUUUUGGAAAUGAUGAUCUGGGAGGCGGCGGGCUAGAUGAUCUGUUAUGGGGUUGUGUCAUGGGGUUUUUAUGGCCCCUGGGGUGCGUGGGGUGGACGAUUCAACAGGAAGGUAUCUGGUCGCCUAGGCGAAAACUUGCCGUGGUCGUAGGCUUCAUGUUCAGCCUUACUUUUGGGAUGUUGAGGGUUAUUUCAUGA